UUGUUUGGAAGGAAGGGGCUAGAGGAGAGAGAGAGAAAGAGAGAGAGAGAGGAAGGGAGGGGGCGAGCUCGCAAAGAACAGAAGAGAAGAAGACGAAAAAGAGAGAGAGAAGGAAAGAGAGGAAAAUCCAGUAAUGUCUCUCUUCUCCUUUUAGUGAACUUGCGGCGUUUCGCAGAUAAUGUCCGAGAAUGUCCAUUUCUGGGACUUUGAGCAACUAUUACGUGGACUCCAUCAUAAGUCACGAGAGCGAUGAACUCUCAGCCCCGGCUCGCUUCCCCAGCGUCCAGUACUCCGGUUCCAGCUCCGCAGCGGCCGCGGGCGGGAGGCUGCCCGGCGGCGCUGCCCAGGCGGAGCAUCCCCACCCGGAGUCCUAUCCAUCCUGCAGCUUCCAGCCCAAGCCUCCGGUCUUCUCCUCGUCCUGGAGCCCGUUCAGCCCGCACCACGGUGCCAGCGGCCUCCCCGCUGUCUACCACCCGUACAUCCCAGCCCAGCACGUGCCCGCCGCGGACACACGGUACAUACGCUCGUGGCUGGACUGCGCCCCGCGCGGCUCCGAGUCCGUCCCAGGGCAGGGCCAAACGGGGCUGGUCAAGCUGGAGCCGCAGCUCGGACAUCUCGGAGGGGAGAUCCCACCCAAAAUCGGCGGACAGCACCAACACGAGACCACCACGUACAUCCUGGAGUCGACGUCCACGGCGGCGCGAGAGCUGAGCCACCAUCCCACCGCCAUCCCGGGAGCAGGGUUCGAGGAAAAUAAGGACAUUUGUGAAGGCAGUGAGGACAAAGACGGCCCGGAUCAAAAUGACCCCUCGGCCAACUGGCUGCACGCACGCUCCUCCAGGAAGAAGCGGUGUCCGUACACCAAAUACCAGACGCUGGAGCUGGAGAAGGAGUUCUUGUUCAACAUGUACCUCACGCGGGACCGGCGGCACGAGGUGGCGCGCGCACUCAACCUGACGGAGCGGCAGGUGAAGAUCUGGUUCCAGAACCGGAGGAUGAAGAUGAAGAAACAGAGCAAGGACCAACCCAAGGACUAGCGGGACUCACACAAACACUCAGACGCACGCACGCUCACACCAUGUAUCCGACAUACAGCCCCUUGUUUCUUAGACACGAAAUGGCCUUUCCCAAGAACUGCAAAAAUAUACAUAUAUACAUCUGCUGUUUUCACUCUGUCUUAACCUUCACUUCGUGAGCUUCACCCCAAUCUAUAUCCUACACAUGAUCAAUUGAUUUAUUGAUCCCUAGUGGACGCCGUAACGUUAAAACUGAAGUCUUAAGAGCGUCUGAUGUUCAGUGAGAUGGACGGAGGCUGGAACUUUGGAAUCAUUUGUAUUAAUGGAGGAUGGUAGUAAAACUCAGACGACCAACAAUUCCUCCCGGACUUCUUCUCCUUUAAAUGAGUCUGACUCCACAUAAAACUGCGGAUUGGACUGUUUGCUUGAUGAACUCAUGCAUUGUUCUUGCGUCCUCGUGGUUUUUCGCCUGCAUUAGAUUAUUAAUUAGGCUUUGAUAAUAGGCUACAUUAUGAAAGGGAAGGAAAGGAAGCAGCAAACCGCGAAGUGAUGCUACAGAGGACUAGUGGGAGGGAAAACGGAGAAAAUGAAGCUUUUUUCCCUCCAGCUCUUCCUUUUAUUAGUUAUUUAUUGUAUUGUUGACACCGGAGAGGCGCGGAGGUGCUGAAACCGGGAUUUCACACGGCCAUUAAUAAGCACGAGGAGCAGAUGGGCUGGUGCACGCAGACACACCGCGCUCCAUCCUUAUUUUUCUUCUUCUCUUUUUUUCUUGUUUCUCUCAUUGCCGACAGAAUUUGAUUAGAAAGCGACUGAUUGUCGGCGUUGAUAGAAGCAGCCAGCCGCCGUUUGUUUCCCGGUUGUCGGCCUAAGUAAUGAGCAAGAUACCGGAGGGGGGUGGAGGAGGAGUAGGGGAGUGUGGAAGUGAUGUGGAAGCAGGGGUGUUAACCCGACUCAGCAGCUGGGGAUCCGAUUAGGCUGCUGUCAAUACCGUGGAUCUCCGCCCUGCAGCUUUGCUCUCCGGAUGCUUUAUGCGCGGCUCCUCUGCGGCCUGCAUCGGCUAUCGAUGCCGCCCUCUGCGUGUCACACGAGCCUAAAGUUGCAUGUUCAAACUAAGCUCGAAGCAUCAAGGCUCCGUUUUUCGGUGAAUCUAAGUUAGAUUUAUUCAGGCAAAUUACAUCCUCAGAAUCAGUGAGGAUCCAGCGCUGCUCUGACCCCAGUUCCACGAUGGAAACCGCAGAUUCUCUUCUCCUCAAACCCUGACGCAGCAUGCUUGUGCACCACUUACUCUCAGAUAAACACGACAUUUUUAAAUUAGACUGGCCAGUACAAAUCCUCUAAGGCUGCUACUUCUUUUGCUCACUUCAUUCUAGUGCACAGAUCCGCGUGUGCACGUAGCACAGACUAAAAUCAAUAACUCCUCCUUGGUCACCACAGUCCAAAUCUUUAUUCAACGUGUUCCCUGGCGUUGCAUAAAAAAUAAGAAUCAGCUCUAUUUUUAUACAUACAUUAUAUUGUGUAUUAUCUGCUAUGCAAGGCGGCUUUCUCUCAUUUCAGGAAAUAGAAGUACACGCGUGCGCAACGGCGGUUUCCAGACACAACCUGGACGGAAAGAGCGAAAUAUUCCAUCAGACGUUUACUGACAUUUUUUUAAACUAUAUUCAUUUUUUUCCUCAAAAUAUAUUUCCUAGAGGUUCUACUACAGGCCGAUAUCAACGGACAGGAUUUAUUCCCGCGCUAAAUGUUUCAGCAGUAGUGUGUACAUUUAAUGGCUCCGAGGAUUAUCUGGGUAGACUUCAGUUUAUGCAGAUUUUUAUUGAUCUGGGCGUUAAAACGUGAAGAGGCCGUGCUGGAAGGCCGCUCUGCUGUUAUUUGAAGUGUUGGCGUCCCAUGGCAGUUUUAUGGACAGAUCAUAAACAACACGUUGGCCCGUGUGUGUGUGUGUGUGUGUGUGUGUGUGUGUGUGUGUGUGUGUGUGUGUGUGUGUGUGUGUGUACACCUACACAUAUAUUCUUCUACAGCCUGUAGUUCACACUAGCGUGGGUUUUCCCUCCAGUUGAGUUGAUGUCGUGUCAGCUUUUAUUUUGAAAGGAACGGGUCCACAACCAGCCUCUUACGCAAAAGUCAAACAGAGAAGCGCUACGAUUCUUUUUUUCUCUCUAUAAGCAGCAUCAAAUCCUCUAUUUAGAGUACAAAUGUUUACAUGGUUUGCGCAUGCCUCAAGUCCCUCGUCAUUUUGAAGACGUUAUUUCGUCGUUUAGACUCUUUGUGUGUUGAAUCUGUCGGAAGGGAAUGCUUACUGAAAAAUAAGAAUAAAAAAAGACUAAAUAGGAGUUUCUUGAUAGGAAAUAUUUCUAAUUUAUUGUAUAUAAAGUGAGUAACCUCGUCUUUCUUAUUGGAAUGAGUUGAAUAUGAUGAAUAUUGUUUUUGUCCUCUCGGGAUGUGGCAUCUUACUGUAAUAUAGAUUUGUUUUUUCUUUUUGUCUGCCAUGUUCUUUAGACUGUUUUUUCCAUGUUGUUGUGCCGACUGUCUGAGUUAUCUGUUCCGAUGUCAGUCCGAUGAGCUCUUUGUGUCUUUGAUUUGUUUAAUUGUAAACAGUACUGAGUUAGACUCUGCUGAUGGGACAGAGGAGGAAACGGUUGGAAUAAAAACGAAGCAACGCUUCGAUAUAAAUUAUAAUUCUUAAUUAUUGACUCUUUCUUUCUGCCCUUCACUUCCUCCUGCUUCCUGUCCCAGUAUUUACUCACCUGAUUGGAGGAACACAGAUUCUGGAGGUUUCUUGCUGCUGAUUCUAAUUCCCUUCUGCUUUUUUGUCUUUUUUUUUUUAACUCGACAAGCCAUGUGGACGCAGUAAAUUUAAAAAAAGGUUUUCUUAACGAGCAGGAGACCUCCAGUCACUGUGUUCCUCUCCUCCAUGUGAAAUGUUCUUACUUGUAUGUUUUCUGCUCUUCUUUCCUCUGUGUCGUUGUCUCUCUCGUUUCUUUGUGCGAUGGCACUGCUGAUGCUGGAUUCCUAUUAAAAGAAGAUACUUUACAUAA